GCAGCCGGGGACGGGGACGGGGUCGUCGGGACUUGGCCUUCGGAGCGGACCGGUGAUCGAUUCAUAUACCAAACCCAGGCCGCGAAACAAACCAGUCGCCGACCUCCUUCCCUUCCCUUCCCUUCCCUUCCCUCGCAGACACGACACGCAGCUCGCGUGGCAGCACUGCGUUUGCAGCGCGCGCGCCGCCCUGCUUCUCUUGUUCUCCUACCGCUCGCGAUCACCCGGCCCGCUAAGCUGCGCGCUCGCGCGACAUGGCCGCCGCCACGCCGCCGGUGACGUCGCCGCCGGGUCCACGGAAGGAGGACGCGCGCCCGCGGCUUCCCAACGGAUACGUUAUGAUCGUGGUCCCCAACGACGGCCGCGACUUGCCCGCCUCCUCUCCUCCGCAUGACGGCUACGACGGCCCAGACAAGGAGGAUGAGGAGGAGGAGCCGCGGGCGACGUCCUCGCUGUGGCGACCCGCGGUGCUGGCGCUGGCGGCGCUCGCGGCAGUGGCGGCGGGCUACGUCUGCCUGCAGUACGCGGGCGGGGACGCCGCCGGCGCGGCUUGGCGGCUCUUGGAGACGCGGGAGGAGGACGGCGACGGCCGCGGCCGCAGGUCCUUCCUGCUGCCGCUCUACCCGAAGCCACGCCGCGGCGGGGCUACGAAGCUGGCCAGCGGCGGCGACUGGCCGCACAAUUCCACCGCCAACCUCUUCCCGGAAGGGUGCGUGCGUGCAGCCUCCGCAAGAAUUCGGAUGUACUACACUACUGUCUCUUUGGGCAAUCCACCAAGGCCUUAUUUUCUUGAUGUUGAUACUGGGAGCCAUACAACAUGGAUUCAGUGCGAUGCGCCAUGCACAAGCUGUGCAGAGGGAGCUCACCCUUUAUAUAGGCCCGCGCCAGCGAAUCUAGUUCCUGCCAGUGAUCCACUUUGUCAACGAGUCCAACAUGACAACCCAAAUCAGUGCGACUAUGAUAUCAGUUUUGCCGACGGAAGCUCCUCUAUGGGCGUUCAUGUAAGGGAUAAUAUGCAGUUCAUCAGUGAAGAUGGCGAAAGGGAAAAUGCAGACAUUGUGUUUGGGUGUGGAUACGAUCAACAAGGAAUUCUUCUGAACAGACUAGAAAAUACUGAUGGAAUUCUCGGCCUGAGCAACCGGGCACUGAGCCUUCCUACACAGCUAGCCAGCCGGGGUAUUAUUUCCAAUGUUUUUGGUCACUGUAUGACGAGAGAUCCCAGUGGUGGUGGUUAUUUGUUUCUUGGUGAUGAUUACCUUCCCAGAUGGGGAAUGACUUGGGUCCCUAUCCGAGAUGGUCCAGCAGAUGAUAUACGCAGAGCCCGAGUCCAGCAAGUAAACCACGGGGAUCAGCAACUCAAUGUGCAAGGGAAGUUGAUUCAAGUGGUCUUUGACACUGGGUCCACAUAUACAUAUUUCCCAAAUGAGGCGCUUACAAAAUUGAUAUCUUCGCUGAAGGCUGCAUCCCCACGAUUUGUACAAGAUGACGCAGACAAAACACUUCCUUUCUGCAUGAAGGCUGAUUUUCCAGUGAGAUCUGUGGAUGAUGUGAAACAUUUUUUCAAGCCUUUGAGUCUGCAAUUCGAGAAACGAUUUUUCUUCUCCAGAACCUUCAACAUUCGUCCUGAAGAUUACUUGGUCAUCAGUGAUAAGGGCAAUGUCUGCCUGGGGGUGCUCGAUGGAACAACGAUUGGUUAUGAUUCAGUAAUAAUAGUCGGAGAUGUUUCUCUUCGUGGAAAAUUGAUUGCUUAUGACAAUGAUAAGAAUGAGGUCGGGUGGAUUGAUUCAGACUGCAGCAACCCUCAACAAAGCAGGAUUCCUUCCUUCCUGCGACGAGCGUUGCACAACCAACUUCUGUAAAUACUACACAGAUGCUACUGUGAAAUCGGCUGACCAUGCUUGUUCUUACAGACGUACAAUCCUGUGUCUGAAUUCUGAAACUGCCAUGGAAAUGGAACCCUCCUCUUCUUUGGCUAUAAUCGUGUGGCGGAAUGUAACUAUAAGAUAGAAGAAUGGUUACAAGACGAGGAAAUAGAAAGAAAAGGUAGAUAAGCAUAGCUAGGAUAUUGUACUUUGUAUUCCCGUUGUCUGUAUAUAGUCAAAAGAAGCAGUCAUGUUUGCUAUGUUGUAGAGAUCUCUCACUUUGUAAGAUUAAAGUGGGGAAGCAUAAUCGAUAGCAGUUGUGGUAUUUCAUUUUUAAAAAAGUUGGCACUUGUGAUA